CUUCGUGAUGGACGUUCUUACGGCAAAGGAGGAAACCAUUCGGAGGACGAGUUGGCGGCGUCAUCCUGUUAUAAGAAACGGACAGCAAGUUCUCGGGGUCGUUCAAUCGAGGUGGAAAUAUUUUAUUUCGAUCAAGACGACUCAUCAGGCUGUCCGCUAAGUAAUCCAGAGAGAAAUCCGCGGUCAGAGAACGUAUGUGUGCGACAUUCUCUGAGAAAUUCCAAUGCUGGCUUAAAUUGUCCCUUUCGAAGAUUAUGUAUGACCGAGAAGUGGAAUAAGGAAGUCGACGUUUCGUGCGGCAGAGUUUGGAAAAUAAAACAUCCAACCCCGACUGAAUUUGCGAAUAUGAACAUGAUAUCCUUACAUACAUACAUUCCCCUCAUACGUAAGGCUCCACGAGAUCUAUAUGAAAGGUUUAAUGAAUCUUCAUUUCAUUAUGCUUACAAAUCGAACUAUGACAUGGAUUGUGUUACAACUGCCCGGAAUCUACAGAUCCGUGAGAUAUUAAUUCUUUUGUCAAUCUGUAAAGUUCGUACCCCAGGGUCUAAUAUAAUUGAACCAGUACCUAUUUGUUCUCAUGCCUUUGAUGCCUUACCUUAA